AUGGUGGUGGUGUGCAGGUGCCUUCUGCGCAUCUGCGACCCCGUGGUCGCCCGCUGGCUCCAGGCGCAAGAGGUCUUCACCGUUGCCACUGACGAGCUCUGCGCCCAGGAGCGGCGUGCGAUGCUGCGGGCGGCGCCAGGGCGCGCGCCGUCCCGCGAGGAAUACAGGCUGCACCAGAAGCACCACGGCCGUUUGGUCCGCAGCCAGAAGCCGCUGCCGUGCCACGGCGGGAAGACCAGCCCGGCCAGCGCCGAGGCGGAGGGCUCGUCUUGGGUAGGCAACUGGCUGGGUCUCGCGCUGCUGGUGGCCAACGUUCUCCUCUUCUCUGUCCACGCGCUGAAGUUCGUCGGGGGCGUCGCCUGGAAGUUCACGCCAAGCCUGACGCCGGCCAAGAUCAAGGAUGGCUCAGUGUGGGGGCGGGUGAUUCAGCAUCCGACUGACCCGCGGUGGUCGCCCCUGCGCGUGCUGAUCUCGUCGCCGAACGGCGACGUGUACGAGGAGCUGUACGACCUUUCUGAUGGCUCUCUGGCGGCGGUCCGCUUCGAGGAGGAUCGCCGCACUCGCCCUGCUGGGUUGGACGCAGGUAGCCUCUACAGGUUCAGGCGCCCCUUGACGGCGGCCGAGGAGGUGGCGAUCCAGAAUGAGCUGAACGCCUACGCGCGGGACGUGUACUUGACUGCGGAGCGAGCUGCUGGACGAGCUGGCGUUGUGCCGCCUGCUGGUGCUGCGGUCUACUUCACUUUCGGUUUCCCCACGGACGGCGUCGCCCCCCCUGGGCCCGCGGCGGUCCCUCCGGCCCCUGGCGGCGGGGCCGCCGUGGCUGCCGCCCUGGCCGUCGUCCCAGCGGCGGCGGGCCCUCCGCCUGCGGCCGCCCCUGCGCCUGCUGCCGCUGCGGCCGCUCCGCUCGCAGCUGCAGCCGCUCCUGCAGGGCCUUUGGACCCGACGGCCGCGCCUGGGCCCGACGGGCAGUGGGUCUACGUCGAGACCACGACCCUCGCCCGGCGCAGAGAUCCCGUCGUGGUCGACGGCACAGAGCUCGCGCGGGGAGCCAUCGGGCUGAAGAAGCAGGGGGCGGACGGGAGCUGGACAGCCAUCCGUCUGAUCUCGACCUCACAGGUGGCCUACCGUGACGCUGAGGCGUCAGCAGAUGUUCGCCUCCAGCCAGUGGUCUUGUUCAAUGACGGCACGCGUCAGCGGGUGCAGUUCCACGAGAGUGUCGACAGGCUUCGUGAGGAGUCUUUCCCAGACUGGCCGCUCGAUGGCCCAAGGACGACGUUGUGGUGCCUUCGGUUCUUGGACAGGAAGCGAGGAGGGGCCAUCGAGCACUUUCAUCAGCUUGUGUCAUACUACAGAUUGUCCCGCGACGACUUCGGAGUGACUCACCAUGAGUCGAUCACGCGGAUGAUUGACUACUUGAUGACGUGUGACCUCCUAGACUUGCCCAAUGUGGUGGGCGUGGAGGUCAUGCUGCGUCAGGCACAGCUAUAUGAGUAUAUGUACGCCAUGGAGUACGAAGCUCGCGACGCUGGCGGUCCUGCUUCCGCCUCUGCCGAGGGUGGCCCCAAGGCGGACUCCCCGCCCGCCUUCAGCGAGUACCGAGGGGGCUUCGCGGACACCGCCUCCCGCGUUGCAGAUGUACCUGAGGCCAGUCACCGCCGCGAGAUGGUCGUUGACGCCGUCCGCGCCAUGAAUGAGAUGUACACUGGCUCGUGCUGCCCGCGACCUACUGGACUUGCGAGCCCUACGGUUGCUCAGCAGGAGGCUCUGGCGGCGAUCCAGGAGGCCGUCGACGCCUUCGGAGUGCCCCCGCCCGACCUCACACCCGCAGGAGCCCUCGAGGAGCUCCGCGCUGCGCAGUCAUACGACCAGGAGUCCGCCGUGAUUGCGCCGGUGACCUUCGACCGAGUCGAUCUGAUCUCCCUGCCGAGCGCGGGCUCCGAGCCGAGGCCCCUGCCCAUGCUCAUCGGGGGCGACAGCGUGAGCAUCGGUCACCGCCUUCAAGAUCUACUUCUGCCCCGUGAGCGGGGGCUCGCCCGGGUGGCGGAGCACGCUUCGAAGCGAGCGUAUUCGGAUCCCAACCUGAGGAAACUUCGUCUGCAUAAGAAAGUUUAG